AAAAAAACAAAAAGUUGACAGGAGAGCACAGGAACAUACAAAACACCAAUUGCUGCCCACUCCCCCGGCCCAAACAGCCCAUUUGGGUUUCUCCAGGGAAUUCUCUUCUGAGGUAAUUAAUUAGCAUACAUUUCCGACAAUGCUCACCUGAAAAUCAGCAGCUAAUCAAAUCACUAACUGGGAAAAAAAAGGGAGAGAAAGGGAACAAGAAAAACAGCAAGAGAGAGAGCGAGAGAGGGAAAAAAAAAAAAAAAAAAAAAAAACAAAAAAGUAGAAAAAAGAAAACAUCUCAUCCUGCAGAGUCCGGGUCAUCACCAAACCACCCAGCCCUCAUAUGGCACGGCCGCGGCCAAAGCUCUCCCUCUGGACCCGCAUCCGUCGCUUCUUCUACCUCUUCAGCAGCCCGCUCAAGCUCCGGGCCAGCAUUGACCGGCUGCGCGCCCACCACAAACAUCCCUACCUCGCCCUCCUGCGCCUGUUCAUCCCCCUCCCGACAUGGUACUUCCCCCUCCCUCCCGCCCUCUCUAUUCGCGAACUAUGGGGUAAACCAGACCUCCUGCGCGCCCGACGCGGCGACAUCCACAACCUCUGGAGCAUCCCUCUCUGGAGCGCGCGCGACACCCCGCUCCGCUCCCUCUACCGGCUCUACGAGUGCAUGGCGUCGGGCGAUUACAUCCCCAUGGGCACCGAGACGGAGUACUUCUGGUACCAGUCGCGCUGGUCGCUCAACCUCAUCCCGGACCCGCAGGACACCGACCCGAUCCGGUAUGCGAUACUGGCGUGCCUGGCCGAGGAACUGGUGCACGCCUUCAACUGGCGACUGAGUCUGGGGAUGAGGCGCGACGGGAGGCACUUGUAUCGCGAGAGGGACGAGGAUCCGUAUCCGCCGUAUGAUCCGGAGACGGUGGCCCCGUGGACGAAGAACGUGCCGCCAGUCGAUGCGCAGUGGACGGUGGAUUUGCCCGCCGACGUGGUGGAUGCGGCGGGGAGGCUGGUGCUGGAGGAGGGAGGGGUGAACGAGACGUUUGCGAAAAGGAAUAUCGUGACGAAUGUGGGAUGGCUCUAUACGAUAUGAAAUGCUCUCAUCUUUACAUGUGUUUCUGGCGAAUUUGUCUGGGAGUUGGGUGUGAUUUGUGCAGCCAUUUGAUACCCGAUGGUCCUUUUCGUCUGCUUGGUUGCUGGAUGCAUGUUUUCUCCUACAUAGACUUUUCCUUUUCCUUUUUCCUUUUUCCUUUGGUUUUCUUUUCUCUCUUUUUUUUUUUUUUCUGAAGCACUCCUGCAUAUAUCUCGUGUGUGCCUGUACCUUGACUCUAUGUGUCUACCUUUUUAGUUCGUCUUCAAUAUUUCUUUGAACGAGCAGCCAUGUCGUCACGCCGCCUCGAGGUGAUGCGGGGCAAUAAACUGGGCGAACUCCAUCAGACCACAAGCUCUCCAACACGCUGUACAUACACACAUCUGCAAAUGAGAGCCGCUUGCUCGAUU